GCCGCUACCUGUGGAGUCGGGAGUUGGCGGGCGUCGGGGCCGCAUCCGGCGGGUCCCCGUGCUGCGCCACUGGGGGCCGUGGAGGCGAACGUGGAGAAUCGGGCUGGACUCUGGCCCGAGCUGGGUCGGGUCGGGUGCUAACUCUGUCCCGACCCGGUCGGCCGGCCAUACCCGGGGCUGGUUCUGAACUCGCGGCGUCGCUGGUUACGUAAUUCCCGGCAGUGAAAUUGAGGUUGUCCAGGAGGGUCCGGGGUGUUGCGCCGCCCGCCUAGUUAUUCUGAGGCUUGGGUCCUGUUAGCAGCGGGGUGCAAGCCAGCCAUACUUGACGCUCACCCCCUUUCUCAAGUUGAGGUGCGCAGACAUCCUGCAGAGGUGGAUGCGAGCGUGUUUUGGGAUCGCGUUGGCGUCGGAAAUACUACUGCAAGCAGAUCAGGUUGCUAAACCCCAGCUACUGCUUACAAGUUAGCUCUCCUCUCCUCGCCUUGCUUCUUUUUGUUUUUUCCGUUUUUUUGGUGGGACUGGGGUUUGAAGUCAGGACCUCUUACUUGCAAGGCUGGCGCUCUAGGGUAUGAGCCACUCCUCCAGUCCAUUUUCCUCUGGUUAUUAUUAUUUUGGUGGGAUUUCAACUCAGGGUUUACUUUGCAAAGCAGGCACUCUACCGCUUGAGCCUUACUUGCAGCCCGUUUUGCUCUUGUUUUUUAGGAGAUUUGGCGCGGGGUUGAGGGGGUCCUCCGAACUGUUUCCCUGGACUGGCCUCGAACUGCGAUCCUCCUCAUCUCAGCCUCUCAAGUAGUUAGGAUUACAGGCGUGAGCCACCGGAGCCCUCUGCAGAUUACAUGAGAUUUGUCUUCUGUUUGGAUGGGAUUUAAUAGACAUAACACUGAACUAUAAACAGAUUGGCCAAUCGAGAGGACGCAAAUUUUGAUCAUUGUAAAAUUCACAGACUUACAGAGUUACAGUGGAUCUUAAGGAUAAUUGCAUUCAACCUGGUAUACCUGUGAAUCAGUAUGCAGUAUUCUAUGGCUGGAGGCAAAGCUGGAAAGGAUAGUGGGAAGGCCAAGGCCAAGGCAGUGUCUCGCUCACAGAGAGCUGGGCUACAGUUUCCCGUGGGCCGCAUCCACAGACACCUGAAGACUCGCACCACAAGCCACGGGCGGGUGGGUGCCACUGCUGCUGUGUACAGUGCCGCAAUUCUGGAGUACCUCACUGCUGAGGUGCUGGAGCUGGCAGGAAACGCUUCCAAGGAUCUCAAAGUAAAGCGCAUCACUCCACGUCACCUGCAGCUUGCGAUCCGUGGUGACGAAGAGUUGGAUUCUCUUAUCAAGGCCACCAUAGCCGGGGGUGGGGUGAUUCCUCACAUCCACAAAUCUCUGAUUGGAAAGAAGGGACAGCAGAAGACUGCUUAGAGGAUUGUCUCACCCUCUGCCGCCCGUCACUGUACUGUAACUGGGACAGAAGAUAACAGUGGGGAUAUGUGGAAUUUUUUUAAACAGCUAAAUGGAAAAGCAUAGACAAUUAUUGUAGACACGAGAAAAGAAAGAAGCAUUUGUAUGUUCUUAGACUCCAAGUUUGAUAAAGAACCUUUUCAUGUGGUAACGGCGUGCGUUCAUUGGCCAGGCUUCUCCCCUGUGUUUUAUACAAAAACGGAAUUGAUAAAGCAUUUUUUACAAAAUUAA